AUGUGGAACUGUAGCGAUUUGGCGAAGCCACGGCAUUCAUUGGGCAUGCUGCCAUCUGCAGUCUGGAAAAUCAAAUUUUCAAAUGGUGGCAACGAUUUUGCGUCGAUUCCGGUACCGCACGGGCAGCCAACGGAGAACAGUGCACUGAGCGUCUGGAAAACGAGUAGCCUUCAGAUCAUCCAAGUUGUUAAAUGUGAGAAUGAUGUUUUGUUGGAUUUGUGUUGGCAAAAUGUACGGGUGCAGGGUCAAACAUGCAGCUGCUUAUAUUCAGCAUCGAGACAAGGCAGGCUGCGAAAGCAUGUCUUCCCGCCAGCUGAUGACGAUCUGGUAAUUUUUGUUGUUGAUGUAUAUUUGCUGGAUUAUGGCAUAAGCAGACGUGAGAAUCGUACUUAA